ACCUGCUUUCAGUAAUGUAAAUGACUGAUUAGAACAUGGCCCACGUGAAAUAUUUUCGGAUAGCAGCUUCGGGAUUUUACUUCUGGGAAGCAACUGUGUUACUCAGUUUGGUUGCCACAAAGGAGACAGACAGUGCAAGAUCACGUAGCACACCCAUGUCACCAUCUGAUUUUCUGGAUAAACUAAUGGGCAGGACAUCAGGCUAUGAUGCAAGAAUCAGACCCAAUUUUAAAGGCCCUCCAGUUAAUGUCACAUGCAACAUAUUCAUAAAUAGCUUCGGAUCCAUUGCAGAGACAACCAUGGAUUACAGAGUGAACAUCUUCCUCCGUCAGAAGUGGAAUGAUCCGCGCCUCGCAUAUAGUGAAUACCCUGAUGAUUCCCUAGACUUAGAUCCCUCCAUGUUGGAUUCUAUUUGGAAACCUGAUCUUUUCUUUGCUAAUGAAAAGGGAGCCAACUUUCAUGAGGUUACAACAGACAACAAAUUGCUAAGAAUUUUCAAAAAUGGAAAUGUGCUAUAUUCAAUCAGAUUGACAUUAAUACUCUCCUGCCCAAUGGAUCUAAAAAAUUUUCCUAUGGACGUACAAACAUGUAUAAUGCAACUGGAAAGCUUUGGAUAUACCAUGAAUGAUCUCAUCUUUCAAUGGCAAGAUGAGGCACCUGUACAAGUAGCAGAGGGACUCACUUUGCCCCAGUUUGUUUUAAAAGAAGAGAAAGACUUACGGUACUGCACCAAACACUACAAUACAGGAAAGUUCACAUGCAUAGAAGUUCGUUUCCACCUUGAACGACAGAUGGGCUACUACCUGAUCCAGAUGUACAUACCUAGUCUCCUAAUUGUUAUAUUGUCAUGGGUUUCAUUUUGGAUUAACAUGGAUGCAGCUCCAGCCAGGGUUGCUUUGGGGAUAACAACUGUCCUGACUAUGACCACACAAAGCUCAGGAUCCAGAGCUUCUCUCCCAAAGGUCUCCUAUGUCAAAGCCAUUGAUAUUUGGAUGGCAGUAUGUCUCCUCUUUGUGUUCUCAGCACUCCUGGAAUAUGCUGCUGUCAAUUUUGUAUCAAGGCAACACAAAGAACUAUUGAGAUUACGUCGGAAACGAAAGAAGAACAAGACAGAAGCUUUUGCAUUGGAGAAGUUUUACCGUUUCUCAGACACGGAUGAUGAGGUAAGGGAAAGUCGGUUCAGUUUUACAGCCUAUGGAAUGGGACCAUGUCUACAAGCAAAAGAUGGUGUGACCCCAAAGGGGCCAAACAAUCCUGCCCAGAUCACACCAAAAAACUCCGAUGAAAUGAGGAAGGUAUUUAUCGACAGAGCCAAAAAGAUUGACACCAUUUCCCGAGCCUGCUUCCCAUUAGCCUUUUUGAUUUUCAACAUUUUUUAUUGGGUUAUCUACAAAAUUCUUAGGCAUGAGGAUAUUCAUCAGCAGCAAGACUAAACCCACAGAGGCAUUGAGGCUUGGUUGUUCCAUUUAGCAGGAAUUAUCUCUGUUAGAUAUGUUGCAUGUUUGUAUGUAUGUGUGUGUAUACACAUAUUUGCCUGCACAAGAAUGUGUGUGUGUGUGUGCGUGUCUGUAUGAGUGCAUGUGCAGCUGAGAUAUAUGGAGAGGGUUAAAGAAACAUAUGGAAAAGAGCUUCUAUUUUGACUUGCUAUGCAGUCAUAAUCAGGCAGAUGAAUGAAGAUGUGUAUAUGCUAUGAUAAUCUCUAUUUCAUGCUGAUUAAAAGUGACCAAUUUUUUCAUAGUAAAUCAUAUCAUUGUAUAUUAAAGCUUUACUGCCAAUGCAUUUUAUGGUACAACUUAUUAUAUAGUGGUAGUAAUAUCACCACUUUUUGGAGUUUCCUAUGAUUUUUUUUUUAAAUUCAGUGUUAUUUCCUAUUAAAGUUGGUUUAAAACUCCCCAGUUGAGUACCAUAUAAGAAGUACCUACUUAGAAUUUUUUUGUAAAACAAAAACAUAGAAAGUAGUAACAAAUCAAUGGUUUAUCUCUAAAAGCUAUUUUCUUAGACUGUGUCUAUCUGCCACUUAAAUCAUUGCUUACUUCAAUAGAAUAUAUCAGACAAAUUCUAGUUUUGAUGUGUCAACAUAGCUACUAGCUCUGAAAAAUAUGAACAAAUUUUCUAAUACAGAAAAUAAGCAAACUUUUUUUUUAAAAAAUUUAGUGUUAUGAAAUUGUUCAUAAUCAAGUCAUCUCUGUAGGUAAUUAGUAUAAAUGGCCCAGGAGGCCAGAUAGCCAACAAAAUCCACUUCUUAACCUUUAUUAUUCCCUUUGACUUACAAUCAGUUCAAUAGAAACACAUUGUUUUUAAAAGAAUUGUUAUGGCUAUGUAUUUUUAAUUAUUACCAAAAAAUGUUUGCUAAAUGUAAGAGAGAUUUUUUAGACUUUGAUAGUUAUUUAAUUUUAUUCAUGUGAUUAUGGCUAAUAAUUUUUAUUAUAGAUGAAGAUGAAUCAUUCAGUGUUCAUUGAAACAUUCACAUUUUAAUAAUGCAUGAGGGUUAAAAAGGUGAAAGAAAGUAUUUAAAAAUUGAGACUAGAAAUUGAUUGGGUAAAAUUGCAAUAGAAUUAUAGAUGAAUAUUGGAACACAUUUUCUUGUGAGAUUUAUAUAAGUUUUUAAAACAAAUCAAGUUUAAAAGGAUAAUGCAAUAUAUAAAUGUGCUGCAGGACUGAGUCUCUUUUCCCAAAAGCAUAUAAUUGUUGAGUUUUACUUUUACAAAUUUCAGGGAUGUCUUUAAUGUUGAGCACAAUUCUUCCAUUGCAUUAAGAUACUUCCUUGGGAGUGUUCAUAAUGUCACCAAACUGAAAUGGAACACAGCAUUUUAGUUCCAAUUAUUUGGGUGCUUCUUAGGUCUGUUUGAAUCUAAACCAGAAUUUUCUGACAGAAUAAGUGCAAUUAUCAAUUGACAGUGUUUGUGGCACAUCAGAAAUCCCAAAUCUAACUACCCAAAUGCCAUUUUGACAGUACAAAUGAAAUAGAAUAUAGGAUUCUGGUUUGAUUUGAUUGCCUCCUGUAUUAAAUUGUUCUUGAGUAACUAUUGUUUUUUAUAAAAGCAAUACAAACAAUGUCAGCUAAUUAUUGCAUUUAUGCAUCCAAUGGGACCCAAAGGACAAGUUACUUCCAAAGAAUCAUUGCUGCAUUGGGAGAAUUGAGACCAAGGUAGAAAAUCUAGCAAAAGCUCUUUCUUGAACUCAAAAUCUGACAUUCUGAUGCUCUGAUCUUUGUACACUGCCAAACUGAAAGCUAUAACUGCCAGUUAAAUGUAAAGAUGUUUCCCAAUCUGAAGGGUCACAGUGAUUGCUCUGCUGUGACACUACAUUCUAAUUACCUAUCACUUUUAAUAAUCCCUUUUUUAAAAUCAUGGCCACUUUCAUUGCUCAAAUUUCUCCUGUAAGACAUAGACAGAACACAAGUUGCCGUUUAUCUUGACUUUAUAGACAAACACUGCAGCUAAAACUGCUUGUUACUAUAAACUUUCCUUAUUUUUAAAAAGUGUGUAUCCAAAAGCAAAAAAGUGGCUAAGGCAAACAUAUGCUACAUUGCUAGCAGCCGAGUUCAUGUGACCCAAACCUUGGCAACAUAUUUUACUGAAAACAAGAGAGAGAGAGAGAGAGAGAGAGAGAAACACACACACACAUACAGAGAGAGAGAGAGAGAGAGAGAGAGAGAGAGAGAGAGAGAGAGAGUAUAUAUAUAUGUGUGUGUUUCUGUGUUUCUGUGUGUUUUAGCUGGAAGGAAAAUGAAAAGUAUGAGCUUUUCCAAAGUGUCCCUGAAAAAAUUUGUAUGCAAAUUUUUUGUCCUUUAGUAUAUUAUACAUCAGUAUUUUCCACUAGUUAGUAAGAUAUGUUGUCUUAUCCCCAGAAAAAUAUAUGUUAAACAUAUAGAAUGUGGGUAUACAUAAUCAUAUUGCAUUUCAGCUACUAAAAUCUACUCCAAAUAUCAGCUGUUUCUAUAUUAGAUGAUGAAGCAUAAAUGACUCCAGUUAAAUAACUACUCUUAAACAAAUUCAAGCAAGGGUGAUUUUGAAUCUUGUUCAUACUUGUUUCCAUAUCAUCAUGUACACAUUUUUCCUCUAAAAGUAAUAAGAAAUUACUCUAAUUUCCACAUUAUUGACUGUGCUGUCAAAUGAGAAAAUUUCACCUGAAUGUAAAAAAUUCAUUUUUUAAAUCUCUCAUUAACUAUCAUGGGAAUGUUUUUAAUGACCAAAUAUAACUUAAAAGGGAAGACUUAAGUAAAUAAAUCUUUCAGACUUCAACCAGUUUUCUAAAUCAAAAUGAAGCUACAUGAAAGCUAUGGCUAUUAUGAGUCAAAAUAUUGAUAGAAAUGAACUCUCCAGAAAACAUCAUGAGGAGAUUAGAAGUUAACUAGUCACUCAAAUAGCCAUAUGACUUUAUUCCUACAUAUAUAACCUAUAUUUAUUUUUAUAUAUAUAGCAUAUAUUUAUA